GAACAAUGACUUUGAAAAGGGCCAUCUGGUCACCCUUGGACCAGCUGUUGAAGGACAGGCAGGGCUCUGCUGGGGCCAGCAAGGAAAGGGUAGUCAGAGGACGGGCAGGACUCAGAGUACUGGAGAACCGCCCUUGCCAUCUGAAGAAUUUCCUUGUAGUUUGAUGCUGACCUUGGAAGUUCUGUGUUUUAUCUUCAUAAGGCCCAGGAACAGAACCAAAAGAAGUUGAACAAGGAAGCAGCACAGUUCAGAGAAAAGCAGAAGCCGGAGACUUGGAGAUGUGACCCUCCCUUGAGGAGGCUGAAGCCCGGCACUGUAGCAGGUGACAUCUGUGCUGGAGAAAUGACCCAGGGGGACUGGGCCGUGUGGCUGCCUUUAGCUCUGCUGCUUCUCUGGGUCCCAGGUUGUUUUUCUCUGAGCGGCCCCAGCACCGUGAACGGCACCGUGGGGGGAUCCCUGAGCGUGCAGUGUCGGUAUGAGGAGAAAUACAGGACAAACAACAAGUACUGGUGCAGAGAACCGUUUAUUUUAGUAUGUGACAAGAUCGUGGAGACCAAAAAGUCAGAGAGAAAAGAAAGGGGCAGCCGAGUGUCCAUCAGGGACUAUCCUGAAAACUUCAGCUUCACAGUGACCAUGAGCAACCUCAUGGUGGAGGACACAGGCACGUACUGGUGUGGGAUCGAUACACCAUGGUACAGGAUAGACAGAGAUCCCAUCUUGCAGGUUGAGGUGUCCGUGUUCCCAGUACCCACAUCAAUGACACCUACAAGUAUGAGUUCCCCUGUGGCCAAGACUUCGACAGUCACAACUGAAGUUCCAGCUGCGUCGUCCACUUCCCUGGCCACAGUGAGUGCCACCCACAAUACAAACAUCCAGAAUGACUUCCAGCAGGGCCCAGACCCAAGGCUCCUGCUGCUGCUCUUCUUGUUAGCACUUUUGCUGCUUCUGUUGGUGGGGACCUCGCUGCUGGCCUGGAGGAUGUUUCAGAAGCGGGGCAAAGCUGGAGAGCAUUCAGAGCCCUCCCAGAGCCCCAGGCAGGCUGCCGAGCAGAGUGAGCCCCACUAUGCGAACCUGGAGCUGCAGACAUGUCCCCUGUGGAAAGAGCCAGUGCCACCAAGGCAGGCAGAGGUGGAGUACAGCACAGUGGCAGCCCCCAGGGAAGAUCUUCACUAUUCCUCGGUGGUAUUUGACAUCCAGAGUCGGGAUUCUAACGCCAGCAGGAGUCCCUGCCAGAGGCCCCGGGAGGAAGAACCAGAGUACAGCGUCAUAAAGAAGAUAUAGACCUUUGUCCCCAGCCUCACCACCUGGAGGUCUCCUUGAGCCACAGGAAGCCCAAGGACGGCCCCCUUAGCCCUCACCCAUGUCCCCCUCAGCCUGCUUCCUUCGCUGGUGACUGACCGACUGACAGCUGGGCCACCGCGAGCAGGAACCGGGGAUCUGGGGGUCAGCAGGAGGCCCUCUCACCCCACCAGCCCUGGCUGUGGCAUCUUCCCUCACUGUCCCUGCUUCAUUCCAGUUCUGGGGUCCGCGGGGGACGCAGCUCCUUCGUCCCCUGGGGCAUCAGGAAAAGACGUGGCUCAUGUAGGAUGGUGCUGGCGAGGAGCUUUGGAAUUCACAGUCCUCCAGAAAUGUCUGGGAUCUCUGGGGUCUGGGGGGAACUGGCAAGAAGAACCAAGAGAUUACAAAGGAAGAUAUCCGUGUCCGUGUGCAGGGGACACGGGGGAUA